AUGUGUAUCCUCUUAACCUCCACGUUGCAUCCAGAUUACCCCUUUUUGUUAUUGUCUAAUAGGGAUGAGUACUUCGCUCGACCGACAGAAUUAGCCACUCUCAGACCACUCAAGAAUGGAACACAGAUACUUUCGCCAUUAGACCUUGGUCGGCCAGAAAGAGGUACAUGGAUAGGCAUUACAGAUACUGGGAAGGUUGCUGUUUUAGUCAACUAUAGAGAAGAGUCUAACUUUGUCAGUGAAGUCUCUAGAGGAAUUCUUCCUCUUCAAUACUUAACUUCUGAUCUCGAGGAUGAUGACUGGUACGAAAGUUUGGAAAAGAAUUUGUCAAUGAAUUCUGUCACGGGUGGGUCUGUGUCCUUGGAGCAGAUUGGUGGUUUCACCUUAAUGUACGGCAAAUUGGAGCUUGACUCUAAGGGCUCUAUUAAACCUCUCAACAUCAUGAGCAACCGUGGAGACAAAGGAAGAAUUCAUUCUUAUGAGGCUUUGGAUGAAAUACCUCAUUUCGAAAUUGCAUGCCAACCCACAUUUGGUCUAUCAAACUCUCUCUUCUACUCACCAUGGCCAAAAGUUACAAAUGGUGCGAGCAAAAUGGGCGAGCUUGUGGAGAAAUCUGUGGAACAUAAGUACACACAAGAAGAUUUAGUCGAGGCUUGUUUUGAGUUGCUCUCUACAGAUACCUUCGAUCCAGAAAUCCGCAAAGAUACCUCGUUCAGCAAAAAGUUACAGGAGCUUCCGAAUUCCAUUUUUAUCCCGCCACUUGAAACAAAUUAUGAUUUGGCAACAGUCUCUCCGAUGGUGGGAAAGUACUAUGGUACAAGAACGCAGACUGUGAUAAUGCUUCACAAGUCAGGUACAUUACACUACUACGAAAGAGAUUUGCAUCUGGACGACACAUCGGAUGUCCACAUCAGGAAUCAGCAUUAUAUGUUUGAUACUAGCCGCAAAUAG